UGUCCAGUUGGGCGUGACAGAGAAACUGAGAAAUUUUAGGCUCCCUCCCCACCAUCACUCGAAUAGCUAGUAGCCUCUAUAUUACAGUCUCAAAGUGAAGACUUAUAAUUUCACAAGCUUUCGUUAUCAUCGAUCUGGGCCUUCUCAUCACAUAUUUUUCUGUCUUUCUCUGCCUUUGUACCAUGAAACCCAAGAGUAACCCAUUAGACCUCAACAACUUACCUGAGGAGUAUGGAAGAGAUGGGAAACAAGUCCCUGAGGAGACCUCCAGCACUGAUAGUAGGAGAAAGAAAAGUGGAGGAAAGGAUGGAAACGAUGAAACUGGUAAGGUCUACCAGUGUAGGUUUUGCUCCCUCAAGUUCUGCAAAUCCCAAGCUCUGGGUGGCCACAUGAAUCGCCAUCGACAAGAGAGGGAGACAGAGACACUGAAUAGGGCUCGUCAGUUGGUCUUCAGUAACAAAAACCUAGCCACACAGGGGGUUCCCCAUUUAGGGUUCAGAGAUCUCCAAAGUGCAAGCAUGGGAAACCCUUCUCUACCCUUUAGACCUGUAUACCCAACAACAAUAUUUCCUGUUUCGUCAUCAGCAGCCUUACCUCCAGCUCCAUCUCCUCCACAACCUUACCUCUACAGGUCUUCUUCUGGUUUUGUUUCCUUUCCUACACGAUACCCAACCCCAACCCCACCCUCAACAACUUCUCCUCAUGACUAUAUAGUUGGUCAUGUCCUGCCAAGCAGAAAUACAGGAAACCCAAAUCAAAAUUAUAGAGGAGAAGAAUCAUCGAGUUACACUUGCAUUGGAGCUCCACUGGGACAUGGGUUCUCAUCAGAUGAUGGAGUUGGGAGUGACAGAGGGACGACGGAUUAGAAGAUGGAUCACUGAUCAGAAAACAGGACGAAGGGAUGAAGAUGAUGAAUUGGGGAGGUCGUUGCUAUGGAGGAUGACUGAGUUUGAAGAUGAAGAAUGAAAGCUAGUUCCAGACAAUGUCAUGACAUGCCGUACUCAAAGAGAAAGAAAGAAGAAAACAAAACUGACACUAGAGAGAGAGUCUCAAAUCUUCUCAAUUUCUCAUUAAUCUCUAUCAAUCUCGUGCAAGAAAGAGUCGUUUGGUUUUUGUAAAAUAUUUUGUCUGUUAUCCAUUUAAAAACGAAAUUACAGGCUGAAUGGCAGCUUUUGAGCUCAUAAACUGAGUCAGCUAGUUUGGCUUUCAGGUGAGGUGGGGAUGCCUAUAUGUUUGUUUUGGUGGGAAACGGAUACUGGUAUUGCACUUUGAAAAGGAAAAUAAGGGUGGGUUCCUGAAAGUGACAAUGAGUAAGAUUUCUUUGUAUUUGGAGAUUGUUUUGCAUGGGA